GGGCAGGACAGUGGAGUCCUUGGGGUGUUCGUGGGCGCUGGGGUACUCUGGAUGGGCUCCAUCCUCCUCUUUGUCUCAUGUCCCAACACCACUGGCUCUCCAGCCUGUCCUGACAUCACAGGGGGAGUCCAGGCUGUGGGGUUCAGGGAACAAAUUCCCUGUUUCCAGCCUCAUUUCCAGCAGCUGGAAGCUCAGACUCAGCUGGGAAAGAAGAGGUUGUGUGGGGUUUUGGGGAUCAGAUCGGGGUGUCCCACAGUGAGCCUGGGCCAGGCACCUUGAUGUCCUGGAAAUAGGGACCGAGGCCUGUGUUUGGGGGGCACCAGGCUCGUUUGACCAGUUUUAGGACCCUGUAAUAAAUAAAUCAGGCAUUUUCUUUGGCUCAGAAAUGAGGCAAGUCCCGCGUUGUUGGCACUUGGAGUUGGCACCGGGCAGUCUCAGGGCUGUGGAACAGACUCCAGCCCUGUCUGGGGAGUGCUCAUACAGGCACUUCAGGGCUUUGGUCAGAGAGCCCAAAUCCUGCAUUUUGGGGCUCAGGGUGGACCCCAGGCUGUGAGACACGGCGGGACCCGGGAGCGGAGCAGUGGGGCGGGCCUGGGACAUUUGUGCCUCUGCAGUCACUCCCCUUCCUUUCCCCUCCAUGCCCCUCUAUCACCCAAAUGCUCUUUGCAAGGAAAAAUAUAAAUUACACCACGGACAAAAGCGUUGACAGCAGAACUGGACACAGCUGGGCAGUGUGAGCAGUCUGUGGAAGUCAAACCAGUGACCAUCCAGGGGGAUUUUAAAUCGAAUACUGCAGAUUUCAUUCACAGGAACUCCAGCUUUUUUUGGCAUCUCUUGCUUAUAUGCUUCCCUGUUGGAAAAGAUCAAUUAGUCUUUUUAAUUAGCCAGCACAGGGUAAAACAACCAGCAUUUCCUGAGCACCUCCAUCACUUCCAUAUCCAUCUGCACCCAGGGGCCGAUGGACAGCAGCUCAUCCUGACCAGGCUCCGAGGUGGCACUGGAUGACCCUUGAGGUCCAAACCAGACCAGACCGUUCUGGGGCUCCACGGACGGUUCCAUGAGCUCUCCUCGCGUUUAUUUCGCAUCGUGUCCUUCCUCCUGCUCCCAGUAGAUGGUGCCGCCGGCCUUUAAAAGGGAUGGAAGUGUCCUGGGACACGGAUCGGCUCUGCCGCUCGUGGAGCCGCUUUUAAAACUAAAAGAACAAUACUCUGCAAGAAAUGAAGAUUCCGCGCUGACGUUCCACGGGGUAUGGGGGAAGCAGAAAGCGAUUCCCUGCAAAUCUCAAUUCCCUGCGUUGUGGUUGUGUUGUUGCUUCCGCGAGUAACACCUCUCCACCUGAAGCUCUCUGGGUUCCUAAGGGAACUCGCCAGCUUUUGGGCUUCCAGGCAGAGGGAUUGUGAAUGUGGGCCUCUUAGCUGGAUGCAAGGCCUUCAGGAUGCUCUCUUGGCCAGAGGUUUCUCUGUCUGUGCCUUUUUAGGCAACCUCCUGGAUUCUGGAAUUCCAUCUGCUGCGUCACACAGGGCAAAACUGCCCUCACUGCAAUGCCUGUGUGUGGCUGGAGCUUCUCAGCCUCCAUUUGCAGCACGUGAGGAUUCCAUACAGAGUUGUUAUAGAUCCACGCUGAGUUGUGCUGGAAAAGAAUUUGUUGGUUUAGAUUCAUGAAAUGUUGGAUUCAUGUUGGUUUAGAUCCAUGAAAUCAUUAAUUGGAAGCCUGUUCUCCUAGAAUCUCUCCUUGGGAUGCUGUUUUUCUUUCCAGAAAAACCUGAUGCAGAGGCAGGUAAGGCAGAACCUGACAUUUCAGCUACAGGAGCCACCUGGUUUCACCAGGGCCACACAGGCUAAUUUUUCCCCUCCAGUUCCUGAUGUAAAAGCUGGAAUCGCUGGAGAGCCUGGACCUAAAUUCUGGAGCCGAGCAGGUAGGAGCAGAGUCCAGGAGGUGCCACUGUGCUGGGAGCACUUGGAUCUCCGAGGGAAUCUGGACUGUCAUGGAUGGGGGUGUCAGGGGUGGCACCUGCAUGGGUAACUGUGAGUUCUGUGUGUGAGAGAGCUGGGGUGCUGCUUCCACUGCCUGCAGGUGUCCUGGCUGGCAGGGGGGGCACGGCACUGGGGAUAACAGGGACCUGGUGGCUGGGAAAGUCUAAAAUGCAGUGAGAUCAGUUUGGGGUGUUUUACUGGGAAAAGGGGUGUAAAAAAGUGUAACUCUGAGCAUUUCCUGAGGCUGGCAGGUAAGAUGGCACCUUAUCCCAAAAGAAUGGACCUGUGCUGCUGGUUUUUUUCCAAAAGAAAAUCCUAGCAAGGAAAACUUGCAGUCCUUGCUGUGGGUUGCAGCUGUCAUUUACUGAGCAGAAUUGGCUUCAGCUGGAGUCAGACCAGGAGGUUUCCGAGGUAACCUCCCAGCAUGUCAAAUUCCUGACAUCAAUCAGAGGUACCUAUCCGUGCUAUCCAGGUAAGGCUUAGGAUUUGGUGUUUAUUAAAAUCGAGUUACUGAGGCAGCAGCAAAUGGAAAUUCAAGAGCACCAAAAGGAUUCAAAUCCUCAGAGCAGGUCACAGGGAAAAAAAAUAAAAUUAUUGAGUACCUAAAGUCCCUGUGUGGGUGUGGAUGGUGAUGUAAAAGGGACGAGUCAAAAGGUAGGAAGGUACAGGGAGAGUUCAGCCCUUCUACAGCCAUCAUCCUUCCGGAGAGGUGACACUGCAUUUAAACCUCUGCUGUCACCUUCACAGCCACUUCUCCUGCGCAGUUAUUUAGGACCAAAGGCAUUGCCUCUGGGCAAAUCCGGCAUGGGGCUGUGGUGGAGUGCCCAGGAUCCACCCCCCCCGUGCUGCACAGGGAGCUCACCUCUUCUGCCCUUGGGCCAGGCAGGCUGCUCUGCCCACUUUCCAGUGGGGCACAAUCCAAUAUUCUGCAUCCCAGGAGCUUGGGUGGGGGGAUAAAAUGCUCUUUGUUGUGACAGGCUCGUGAUGUCUGCUCUCAUGCCUGCGUCUCACGGGGGGCAAUGGCACUUCUGUGCUGAAAGAGAUGGAAAUCAAACAGUUCUGUGUGCAAAGAACCCUUGUGAUGUGCUCUGUGCGCUGGGAUUGUUUUUUUUUUUUUUCCUGGUCUUUCACCUGGCAGUGAUGACAGGAUCCCCUGUGCCCCCCUUUUUUGGGGGGGACAUAAACUGCCUGCUGGCACAGCCUGUGCCUGGUGAAUUAGCCCUGCGUGACGGGCUCCUAAAACACUUCUUUUGUUUGCCAGUUCCAUCCUCCACUGACACUACCUCAUGAUUGUCCCACUUUUCAGGGGUUUUUUUCCCACCUCUUUCUACCUGCUCCCCAGUCACUCUCCUCAGUUUCAGUGCCUCAGUUUCAGGGCUGUCAGGGGGUGACUCACGAGCAGAGGCUGAACUGAAAGGUGCAGUUUAGGAGGCUCGUGUCCCAUUUGUGGGGGAUUUAGUGGAUCAUUGAUUUAGCUCUUCCUAUAGGCUAAAGCCCAGCAUUCACUGCUGAGCUGCUGAAGCAUCUCUCCAGGGAAAAAGCUGUGGCCAGUCCAGAUAUUUCGUGGGGUCCCUGCCCAGUUUCCAGUGAUGGAUGGGAAACUGCUACUUGGAGACUGGAUCUCAGGAGAACUUGAGUGAUUUCCUGCUGAAAGCUUUUGAAACAGGGACUUGCUUCCAAGGUAAGGCAGCUAAAAUCUUAUUGCUUGCCAGGCUUCUCAAUAAAGUGGUGGCAUAAGUGUGGAAAUCUGACUUUAACCUGAUUCCAGGGAGCAGUUGGCUGAGAUUUUAGUUAAGAUUUAAAACAGCCUCUGACACAUCAAAUAAAAAAAAAAAUAUAUUUAGAAGCUUAAAGGUUGGCUGAGCACAAAGUAAAAAAAAAAGGAUUAUAAUGACAAGGAAUAGGUAACAGCCUUGGCUCUAAUGAAGCAGGGUGGAAAUGAUAUAUAAACAUACAUAUAUAUUAAAAAAAAAUACAGAGCCAUAACAAAUUUGCUGUGAAUGCCUCACCUGCCAUUUGCAUCUCCCGAUUUACAUUUACGAUUUGGCUUUGGGGUGAAAUGUUUUCUAUUCCCAGCUCCAGAGGAUGACUAAUCUGCAGCUAAGUCGGGUGUUUAUCACAGCCAUCCUGCUGAUAGCCUUGUCCUCCAUCAUUUGCAGCUUGAGCUCUUUUUAAAAGAAAUACCUACAAACGAUUUUCUUUGGCCCCAGCUCAGACUGUGCAGAUGAAUGGCUCUGAGGAGAGGAUAAGCAGGUUAAGCUCAUUGAGAGGAGAUGGACAUGCAGCUCCGAGAUUGGCACAGCUCCCUGGGAUUGCCCAUUUCAAAAUGAGAAAUUUGCUUCUCAAGCUCCUUCCUCCCAGCUGAAAAUCUACUGGGAUAUUCAGGCUGAUUUGGAGAUGAACCACUCUGAGCCUCAGAGGAUCCUGUGAGGGUAUUUCACACAUAAAAAUGAAGAUACCAAGAUGACAAACCCAGUGGGUUGGGCACAGGGGUGCAGCAGUGGUGGCUGCUCCGGGGGAUUUCUUUGCACGUGCCCAACAUAAAAAUAAUGGCAUCACUUCACAAUGGCUUGGAACUGCUGCUCUAACGAUGGCAAACUGAAUUUCUCUGCCCAGAGGUACAAGAUGGUCCUGGUCAGGCUGUGAGGUGUUACACUGCCUAUUUGUCUAUGGAGGCUGUGUCUGGGAUCCCAGAGCCUCCUGUGUUUGGGAACCCAGUGUGGGUUGGGGCAGGUUUUCACUCAGGGAGCCUCCCACUUUAUUCCUUUGCAGAUUUUCUCUGGUGUAUUAAAUGAAGGAGGGAGGCCUUGCUCUUAUCAAGCUACCAGGUGGAAGCAAAUUACUGUUAUUUAUCAUCUUACAACAAUUAUGUGUUGCAUAUUUUUUUUCCUUUUCUUAUACGAUUUAUGUUUCUGUUCUCUGUGCCUCUCUCAAUUAUUUAUCACUGCUUGUUUGGGCAGGCAAGGCCCCUGUGAAAACACCAGGCACUGGCUUAAUUUCUCCUUGCAGCCAAUCCUCCUCCCCCUCAGCUUCAGGAUAACAGAAAUCCGUGGAGCUUUUCCAUUUCCUGUCAUCUGCAGCGUUGGUACAGCCACUUCCCUAUGCCUGCCACAGCCAAAAUUUCAUUAGUGCAACUGGGAUGAGACUCAGCUCCAGCUUUGCCUCAAGGCUGUUUACAAGUUCUUGUUUACCAGCUAUGGACAAAAACUAUUCCAGAGAUCAUUACUGAAGAGAUUAGAAGCUGCUGCCUCACAACACAGUGUCAGAAACAGAGAGAAAGCACAAAACAUGUAUCCAAAAUAACCAUUAUUCCUCCUGCUUUCAGUGUGACAAGGGACAGCCCUGUCGUGGCAUGAGCAAGAACUUCUGCCUCAGAUCAUCAGAGACUCCUGAAAAGCCAAACUCCAGCAGGGCACAAGGAGGAGGAUGGACUCAAACUCUUCGUGGGGCUGGCCUCACUUGGAUUUGCUGGAUUACAACGGGACGUACGAGUACCUUUACUUGGAAGGAAAUGUCUCCUACGUGGGCUUCUACCUCCACCAGCCUUGGGUGGCUGCUGUCUUCAUCACCUCCUACCUCCUCAUCUUCCUCCUCUGCCUGGUGGGCAACGGCGGGGUUUGUUUCAUCAUCCUGUGGAGCAGGCACAUGCGCACGGUCACCAACCUGUUCAUCCUGAACCUGGCCGUCAGUGACCUGCUGGUGGGGCUCUUCUGCAUGCCCACCACCCUCCUGGACAACAUCAUUGCAGGAUGGCCCUUUGGGAGCCUGGUGUGCAAGAUGAGCGGCAUGGUGCAAGGCAUCUCUGUUUCUGCCUCUGUCUUCACCCUGGUUGCUAUUGCCGUGGACAGGUUCCGGUGCAUCGUUCAUCCCUUCAAGCAGAAGCUGAGCGUCCCCGCCGCCGUGGCCACCAUCGCGGCCAUCUGGCUGCUGGCCGUGGCCAUCAUGUGUCCCUCGGCCGUGCUGCUGCGGGUGCGGGAGGAGAAGCGCUUCCGCGUGCUCCUGGGCGCGGGCAGCGCCACCCGCCCGCUCUGCUGGUGCCGGGAGGAGUGGCCGGAGCCGGCCAUGAGGAGGAUCUACACCGCGGUCCUCUUUGCCAACGUCUACCUGGCUCCGCUGUCGCUCAUCGCGCUCAUGUACGCCAGGAUCGGCCUCUCCCUCUCCCGCGCCGCCGGGCCCGGGAAGCGCGGCCGGGAGCGGCGGCGCGGCGCGUGGAAGAGGAAGCGAAAGGCCACCCAGAUGCUCGUCCUUGUCACUCUGCUCUUCGCCCUGUCCUGGCUUCCCCUGUGGACCCUGAUGCUGCUGUCGGACUACGCCAGCCUCUCGGACGUCCAGCUGCAGCUGAUCCACACCUACCUCUACCCCUUGGCUCACUGGCUGGCCUUCUCCAACAGCAGCACCAACCCCCUCAUCUACGGCCUCUGCAAGCGGAGCUUCCGCCGCGGCUUCCGGGCCGCGCUCGGGCUGCGGCUCCGCUCCAGGCCGGCCUGCUCCCGGCCAUGCCCGCGCAAUGCCGUCCCGCCCGCCGCCCAGACAGCCCAGAGAGGGAAACGGGUGAACAGCCAGCGGGAUCUGCUCGCGCAGGAGCUCGGAGGCGGUGGGACGGAGUGAAAGGCGCUGUGGAUCUCUCGGAGCAGCUGGAACAGGGCUGCUUGAAUCCUGUUCAUGGUCGCGUUCCAGCCUGGGAGGAAUCCCUCACCCUGUAACUCUCAUGGGCUGAAACACUGCAACCCAUCCCUGGAAGAAAAUCCCUGUAUUUUCUUGUGGUCGUGCUUCUUGCCGGACACUGUGAUCGCCAGAUCCUGCUCAAAUGACAAAAUUUAACCUUUUCCGUCACGUUCCAUUUGUUCCCCUUUGUCGCUGAUAUUUCUGUCACAUCCAUUAUUAUUGCAGCUAGAGAAACAAAUGGAAAUGGAAAUCUGAGAAAUAAAGGAUAAAAGAAAUG